AUGAAUCGUCCUCCGCAACAGCAACACCCUCAUCACCGCCCUCCCUCCGAUGAUGAUGACGACUCCGACGACGAAUUGCGACGUCCCGGCUCCUCCGGCAGUGAUGCCUCUUCCAAUGUGACCAGACUUUCCGCCACUCCCAUCACUCCCAUAGAUCGUCCACCGGGAGCCGGCUACUUCUCCCCAAACCCACGAUCGAACUCAGCCACUUCAUCGCCUCAACACCAACACACCGCACGCCCAAUGCCGGACUCCUCACGUCGCCCGUCGGGUCGGGGCCCGUCUAUUGAACUGCAGCGACAUCGCUCAAGACAUCACUCCCAGGGCUUCUUUGAACCUUCCCUCCCCACUGCCUCCUCCGAGCAGAUGCCGCCGCAGGUCUCGGCGUCUCGGAUCGCCGCCCAGGCAGCCAUGCAUCAACAAAUGUUACAGCAGCAGCAGUUACAAGUCUCACAACAACAGUCAAGACGCCCGCAACAUCCAGUCUCCCCCAUGGAAGAUAGUGGCUCGCGCCGGAGCGUUAGUGCCUCUCCGCCAUUGGUCCCUCUUCCACUACGAAUCAACCAGCCAACACCGUCGCUUCCACCGCCGACAGCAGGCAACGUCGCAACAACCGCCGCCAACGUCGUCUUCCCUCGCGCAGGCUCCCAGCCCCCCCGAACCUCAACCCGAGAAACAAAAGAAAAAGAAGCUCUUUUCCAAACCAAAACAUAUCGGCAUUAG